UUUAUUAUUAUUCAUUCUGACACAUACGGUAUUAAAGUGAAGAAAAUAACAUUGGCGUAUGUGAAACAUUUAUAAGAAUAUAGCAAUUUGACGAAAGUAUAUUCAACAAUGAACGCACUGCUGUUUAUUUUGGUUUUAUUCGGGUUUUCUAAGAUUUCUGAUGCAAUCGGAAGAACGGAAGAAGGGUUUUGCUUACAAUCUCAACAUUCCUGCAACGAUAUAUCGUGCAUUCCACAAAGCCACGUCUGUAACGGAGAUGAAGAAUGCGUCGAUGGAUCAGACGAAGUAGGAUGUGCCGAUGCACCUACUUGUUCUGGCGAGUUGAUUCCUUGUCCAAAAACAACUGGAGUAACAUCAUGUGUAGAAACUCAAGAACAAUGCCUACAGCCGACAGGUUGCGGUGCUCUGCCGGAUAUUGUUAAUGGCGAGGCGAGUUUUCUUGGAUCCUGGAAUAAAAAAUCAGCCAUCGGCGCGUGGGCUGAUGUAACCUGUAAUUCAGGAUAUAAAAGUUGUACAAAUAAGAUCCGAUGUCUAGAAAGUGGGGUUUGGACAACCACUGUGUGCGAACCAGAACAACCAGAAGAAACUGACCGAUGCUUCCAAGAACUAGGUGAGUGCGAUUCGUCGGUAUACUCCAAAAGUAACUUAGUCGCGUUGAGAAGUACAGACUGUGACUCUUACUGUCAGUGUGUCCACAAUGGAACAAAUGCAGAUGGCUCUGUGAGUUAUAAGUGGUUGAAGAGGCCGUGUCCACCAGGAACGAAAUUUGAUCAAAACAUAAAUACUUGUAAUCAUGCGUCCUCGGUAACAUGUCGUAAGUUCAUACAAUUAUAUCUUUACCAUGCAAAUUAACUGCUUUAUUACUUG